CCUCAACCGCCAAUCAUCAACAACACUCGUCACUCACUGUAAAUACCCUCGUUUUCUCCAUUUUUGGAAGUUUGACUCACACCAGUCUUUUACAACCUACGAACUUGUGUCGAAGCCACAACCACAUCGAAACUCGCAGGCCUACCCCUCCUAAGGUUACAGUGCGGUCGAUCAAUGAUGUGAAACCCCAUAUUUUAUGCAUUUCACAACGCUGCACACGCCAUACAUACAACCAUGUCACAUUCACAGCCUGUUCGGACAGGGACUCCUCAACAUCGAGCACCAGGGAGUUUCUCACCUAUGAUUCAGCCUGCGAACUCACGGCCCGCUCUACGACGCGUUGAUACCUCGGACGACGAAGAUGAAUCUCUCAGCAUCAACAAAUCUCGAGCAGUAGGAACUCCGCAGCAUGUGCCUACCCCUCCACGACCUCUCUACUCCUCUUCUACAGCAAACUCGAGCACCAGCAGUCUACAGAACUUUUCUCGCCCUACACUCAAUACGGCACUAGGUCCACAACCUGCCAGGAAUGCUUCACCGCUGAGCGUUGCGCCGAAGUCUGCGACAGAAUUUUACCGCGGGCACGGUAGGAAGCAUUCCCAGACGCAGGGAUCAUUCGAACCAUAUCUGCCCACAGCGGCGAACUCGAAUCUUGGAAGUAUGGCAAGCGUCAACAGCGGGUUGAGUGCAUCUCAAAUCGCUGCGCAAGCAGCAAUGCAGCACCAAACCCAUAACAGACAAAGGUCGCAGACCGUACCUGCCCCGAUAAAUGAUGGAUCGAAUGGUCCACAGAGUCGCAGACCAUCAAGAGGAGGACCGAUCAGCCCCCCGAUGUUGAGCUUGACUGAAGCUUCAGGUCCACGAGAGCCCAGCUUUGGCGGACAGAUAUAUCAGAACGGAUUACUGGGAGGAUCACACGGGAAUGCUGCACAAACUGCUGCCAAUAUAGUAUUCCCGAAAUCUCCCAACAGUUCACCUGGGCUGCCAGCUACGGAUCACGAAUCGGUACACCGUAUACAACCAGAUAAACCACUGAAGACCGAGAAGUCCAAGGUAAAGCUCUUCUCCAGGCCGACAAAGAUUGGCAUAAGCAAAGAUAAAGAAUCAAGAGCCGGUGCACUCCCCAGUCCAAGUAAGAUGGCCUCCUACACGCUGGCUUCCCUCCAGAGAGGAAAUUUCAGUACCAACAGUUUGACAGAUUCCAUGUCGAGCGCCGCCAGUAUGUACAGCAUGGCCAAUUCCUCGUCGGCAACGAUACGGGCAGUUGAAAACCAACAACCGGAAAAAGACAAGGAGAAGCAUAAACAUCAUUUCUUAUCAAGACAGAAGCACAAGUUGACCAGUAAGGAUGAUCACCAUCUACCACUAUCGUCAGCUGCUAGCAAUUCGAGACCCGUCGAUCCAAGUGCCCCAAGUAGUUUAUACAAUUUCAACCUCCCACCAAGUCCAGGACCCACAAGUACAAGUUUCGCUAAGAGUAUGAGUGGUCUCGAUUUACGGCAUGGUGGGCGGGCAUUAAGAGAGAAGAAGAAAGAAGAGAAGUCUGAUGCCCUUAGGGAGAGUGAAUUGUCAUAUCAAAAUACCAACGAGUGGCCAGGACCUUCGAGUCUGGGGUCUGCGGGCGGGGCAUCAUACCAAGCCUCAGCAGGUGGAAGUUAUGGAUAUACACCCAGUCUCUAUGGGGUUGAUCCAGAGCUGGGCAAAUACGGACUUACAAAUUUAGGGCCUGAUGAUGCUUGGCCGUACUUGAAGGCUAAGCUUCUGAUCAUCUUCGAGGGAGAGGAUUUACGAUUACCUGUGGAGGACUUCAACCGACUAGUAACUGUCAAUAUUCAAAGAUGCAUACAAAAGCGGACUCCAAAUUUGAUUGUUGAGGACCUACGAGAUCUAUUAGCCACAGGGUUCAGUUCACUAGACCAAACACUGAGGCGGACUCCAGAUGAACGCUUGAUCCCGCACUUGGUCGAGAUGUGGCUGUUCACAUUCACAUCCGUCCUACCUUAUAUGCAAGCAGUCUUUCUACCCCUCGACCUGGAAUUCUCCGGCCAUGGACCUCUCAUGACACCAGAACAAGCUCGUGAAUUUUGGGGAGCAUUACCAACUUCCACCCAAGGCCCCAGCGGCAACAAUCCUGCUUCACAGGCCCUCGAAGUGCGACGGAUAGUAUUGACAGCAUACCGUGACACUGUUAUCCUCCCAAGAUUCGAUACCCUGAAGACCAUCUUCUCACGACUAUCCCUCGAGUCAAUAUCGCUAUCCAUCCCAGCUACAGACAUCCUCUCCACAUCACCAGACUCAUUCUCAGGCGGUAGACCCUCAACAGCGAUGUCUCUCGACCCGUCACACGCCUCGUAUGGCUCCCAGACUACCACUCUUCUAGGCGGCGGCAGCUCCGGCGACGGAAGCGGUAAUCGCAGCAGAGCCAUAAGUAACGUCUCCUACGGCUCCGAGCCCUCCUCCGGCCUCGGAAUAGCCAACCUCCCUCCGCCCCCACAGCGACCCUUCACUCCCUCCUCGACACACCCUCUCCAUCCUCUCAACCGCGGCCAGAGAGACAAGACGGUCGAAGAUAGCAGUAAGCAGCUCACUGAGAUGGUCGGCCGCAUGCUGCAGUGUAUGAGUGUUCUUGCUUCUGUUGGGGUGGGAGGAGGGGGCGAUGAGGAUAGUCAGAAGAAGAUGGAGGAGUUGACGAGGGGGCUGAAGCUGAAUUGGCUGGGGAGGGGGAGGAUGGGGAGGGAUAGGAGGGGGUUGGUGGGUGCGAGGGUGCCGGGUGUGGGGGUGGGUGGGAGUUCGAAUCCGAAUUCCAAUCCGAUGCUUGGGAGGGGCGAGGGCGUUAGUGUGAUUUGAUUUGGAGUUGGGUGAGAUGUUCGUGACUUGGCUGAUGCAUUUGGAGGAGUAUCUUGUGCUGCAUAUUCUGCGAGGAGAGAAGACCUAUGAUGGAUGAAUGAUUCAUUUGGAGUUGUGAAGGGAUGUAUGUUAACAUUGGACUUGCCUUUGGGAGCGAGAGCGAGAUCUUGAGAAACGGCGCAAAGAGUAUAUGAGGGACGAAAUGUAUGAUGGUAAUGAUUGGUCUUGUAUAUGUAUAUGUAUAGAUACCAUAUCACGAACAGCUCAAAUGUAAGAUUACAAUCUUGGACAACAGGCCUCUUGAUUGCAGUGGCUGGCUGGCUACUCUUCCAGCCUUCAUGAUAGUCCGUGAGUGAGUCUUGGAGAAAUUUCGACGAUGUGAUGAUGGAGAGAUCUUGGAUAAGCAGUAAAGGACCUGGCAAUAUCUGCGUUUUGUGCGAGACUAGAAUCUUCACCUAGCUUCGUGGUGGGUCUGAAACGGUGGAGCGAAGAUAGUUCACUUUGGAGCUCCAUGAGGCUUUGAAAGAGGUACUUUCUACCAAGUCUGUUUGUGAGGUAACAUGCAUCGCACUCCACGUUGGUUUAGGUUUCGACAGAAAUGUAGGCGGUGUGGUAUUGGUUGGUGUUGGGUAGUAUCCGAGUGGCGUUGCAGGCAGCACGAGUCUCACAUGAUCAGGCUUGAGAAGAUACGAAGGCAGAUUUAAGGGCGAAAGCACGAGAGCAAAGACUUGAAACGAUAUAGAUGACUAGGUCAGAAUAAUUCAUUGUUUGUAGACAGCUAUUGGGAGAUCAAGCGCGAGGCUUGACAUGCAAGACUGGCACGUAAUAGGAGGAAGAAUUGGACCUGAGAAUCAGCGAAUUAGCAAAGUCCUCGCAAAAAAACAUGUUACAACGCGGUGAAGAAUGAAUAGCUUUAGUCAGACAUCCAAGGAAGAUUAUACCCUCAUCUGCCUCAAAAUAGGUUCUAAGUAGAGGCUCGAGUGAAAACUGCGAAUGUGGUUGUGUUUCAUCAUGAAAGCUUUUUGGAAGGGGAGAACCGGUAUGAGAUUGUGGGACUGACCUUUUGUGGGUGAGGUGGGUGUGAGAGACCUGUUUGUAAGUUGUGAUAUAGUUGUAGCAAUGUCCGGUGUGCGUCGCAGAGAAGGUGAAGAAGUUUUUCAGUCACUGGCCGAAGCCUGAACUCGUGCGCUGGUACCGGGAAGUACCCCUCCGACGGUAAUGUGCCACAAGGCUGAGGUAGAUCCUAAUCUAGAAAAUCUUUGCAGGUCAGUAAAUGCUCGACAAACGAUUCUCAAGAAGAAACAGUGACGAUGAUCAUAGCUCAGACAAGGUGUACUGGCAAGUAACAAGCUCCCCACGUAUGGAAAAGCCCGAACAGCGUAAGCUUCAUCAUUGGCGAUUAAGUUGGGAAAAGAAGGUAUUGUAUCAAUUGUCAUCAUUGGAGAUCGAGCGCGCACAGGAAGGAGGAGUUAUCAAACAUACCAUUGGUUGUAUUGAAUAUUGCGGUGCGCGCGUGCGCGGGAGGAGGUGAUGGUGGGAGAAGGUGUGAU